AUGGAGUCCGCGCCUUUAACCCAGGCCUACGACCAUGCCCAAGCCGCCUCCAUCGCAACCCACGCCUCCGACCACCCAGCAGCAAUAACAGCCCACACCGCCGCCGCCUCCUCCUUCGCCGCCGCCGCCACCACCACCACCAGCCCCGAAGCCCUCCGCACCCUCGCCCUCCUCGCAACCCACCACACAACACUCUCCGCCCUCCUCGUCGCCCCCAACCCCCCCCAACCCUCACCGACGCCGACUUAUCCGCCAGCUCUGAACCCCCUAUCUCAACCUCCGCCGCCGUCGCCGAGCUGCGCGCCAAAUCCACUUCCGACGCCCCACCAACAACCAGACAACAACCCACCUCCUCGUCACGCCGCACACCAGCCUUCACAUCGCUCCAACCACCCCGCCGCAUGCCCCCCCGCGAGCUCUCCUCUUCAAUAG